AUGGCGGCUACUCAACCUGUCGAGGAAUUUCCCUAUUCUCUGUACGAUCCCUUCCCCCUUCCAGCUCAGAAGAUCGCACAGCAGCACGCGCGCUGCGUCACAGCAAGGCAUACCGUUCUAAUACGAUCAAGUACCCUAUCCAUUCCUCUACCGACCCACCGUCUCGCCUCGUCCGCCCUCCAGACCCUCGAAGUCGACGCCGAGCUCUCCCCAUUGGUGCGGCGCACUUUCGCCCUCACUUCCCCCGCACCGGACACCGAUGCCGAGCCGCAAGGAAAAAAGCAAAAACAAGACCCUGAAGAAUCCAAGACCGUCUUGCAGACCACAUACCGCGCUACUACCAACCGUAUGCUUCGUGUUGCGGUCAACGGCUUCAUGGAGAAUCUCGGGGUUGUCCUUGGUGUGAUGACCGAGCUUGAUGUCGAUGUUCUGAAGGCUGAUAUGGAAGGUUGA